AUGCAUUUCUGCAAGAGAAGGGGAACCAAGGCCGCCAAAAAGUUACCAGACGAUUUUCAGACGUUGAAAGCCAAGUACUUCAAGCGAACCGCUGCUAAGGUGAAACAAUUUAACAUUCAUCCGCAGCUCAUUAUCAACAAUGAUGAAACUGGUGUCCCUAUUGUGCCAGUGUCGCAGUGGACUCUUGAAGAAACAGGCUCAACAUCUGUUCCCAUUACUGGCCUAGAUGACAAAAAAAUCACUGUUCUUCUGCUCUGUACUGUAUGUGAAGAUUUGCUUAACCCUCAACUCUUAUAUCAAGGCACAACAGAACGCUGCCAUCCUCCACGAUAUGUGAACUUUCCGGAAGGCUGGGACAUCUGGUUUUUGAAACCAUGGGUCACAGCAGUGAAAGAAAAGCCCAAACUCCCUCAAGUUCAACGUAGUUUAGUGAUGCUAGAUGUUUACAAGGCACACCGUACAGCAAAUGUUCAGGAUGAGUUUAGAGAAACUAGUUUUGAGUUGGAGUAUGUACCAGGUAACUGCACCAGUGAGCUCCAGCCCCUCGACCUCGGUGUCAACGGGCUAAGGAUCAGUUGA